UUCGGGCGGGCUACGCCGGCUCGCAGCGUGUCGGGAUCCCGUGUUCGUUGCGGUCGCUUCGAAAAGUGCACGCGACUUGCUGUCCGGCGUGCUUCGACUCGUUCCAUCCGUGCUUGAGCUACUGACUCUGCGCGUCUCGAACAAAGCCCGUCGUGUGUCCGAAUCGGCAGGAUCGAUCCCGUAAGGCCUCACCCGUGGAUUCGUCGUCUGCUACUCCCCAGUCCGUCGUGCUCGGACGGUCGUGUUGUUCCGGUCGCUCCGUGAGCCUCUCUCUCUUUCUCCCCGCACUGACUCGGGCCCCGUCAACUCUUUCAGAAGCUCAGAAGAGUUUUGACAAGUGCGCGCGCGUGUGUGUUGUUGAGGAGCGCGACGACUGAACGGUUGUCGUUCUCGUUCCCUUGUCGUCGUGGCGUAGGUGAUGGUGUCAGUGUCAGUACUACGGACGGAUCGCGUGCAACGUUGCUGCUGAGGGCUGGGAAGAGCGCGAGCCGCCGAAAUGAGGACCUUGCUGGAAGAUGCUCCAUUCAAGAAUGUGAGAAGGAAAGUUCACUCCUCCGAGCGUGCCGUGCGGGAGCGGUCAAGGGGAGCGAUGACCCCGCGCAUCAUUGCCAGCAGCCGGACACUGACUUCGCCCGGAGGCCUCUGUCUCUGCCUGGCCGGUCUGCUCUUGUGCGUCCCAGUUGUCGUCGGGGCAGCGUCGGACGCCGAGGAUGUCUGCCGCCAGGGCAAGCCCGUGUUCAUGAUGGCGACGAACGCGCGGCUGGACUCGGACAUCUUCUCGCGCGAGUACGGCGUCAACCUGACGGCGUGCGCCGACGCGUGCCGGCGGGACGCCCGCUGCCGGUCGCUGACCUUCGUCAAGAACGCCACGGACAGCUUCUGCCAGCUGAUGGGCGCCGCGGCCGACGCCUCUUCCGUGGUCCACGAGCGCACCCUGUCGCCGGUCAACGGCGUAUACUACCUGGAGAAGAUCUGCCUCGAAGGUGCCUGCGACCGCCUGUUCGUGGCCGAGUGGAUCCAGGGCAUGGAGCUCGAGGGCCACGACAACCGCGUGCUUCGCAACGCCACGCGCCGGGCCUGCCUCGAGGCGUGCGCCGCCGAGCGCUCGUUCGUCUGCCGCUCGGCCGAGUGGGACGAGCAGCGGGGCGGCGAGUGCCGCCUCAGCCGCUACGACCGAUUCUCGAGGCACGUGCACUUCGGACGCUCGGCGAACCCGUCCGUCGCAUACUUCGACAACACGUGCGCCUACAAGCCCGUGAGCGGCGGCCACACGGCGGAGAUCUUGCUGCUGGGUAACGUGGAGCAUCCGUACAGCCUGGUCGAAUACCGUGGGCUGUCGGUCAGCGAGUGUGGCGAGUCGUGCCUUCGCAACGCUCUCUUCCCGUGCCGUUCGUUCCUGUUCGGCCGGAGCGCGCAGCAGCAGACCUACUGCGGGCUCACGCACCAGAACCGAGCCGGCCUGCUGCAGAACCCGGGAAGCUUCGAGCCGUCGCACAGCCUCAACUACUACGAGAUCGCCAGGAACCUCGACGCGUGCGACGACGAGGACGUCAAGUUCGAGCUCGUGUCCGGACGCUACAUGACGGACCGGCCUCUGCGCACGUCUCAGGUGUCGUCGGCGCACGAGUGCCUGGCGCUGUGUCGCGGCGACGCCAAGUGCCGCUCGGUGUCGUACGACUACCGGCGCCGCAUGUGCCACGCCCACUCGGACACGCUGCGCACGGGCAUCGACACGAACGUCAAGCGCAACCCGCAGAUGAACUACUUCGAGAAGGUUUGCAUCUCCGCUGGCAGCGUGUGCGACAAGCACUGGGCGUUCGAACGCGUGCCGGGCAAGGAGCUGGUGAUGGGCGGAAGCUCGGGGUCGUCGUCCAAGGUCAGCGUGGAGGCCAACACCCGCGAGGAGUGCCAAGCGGCGUGCCUGGCUCACCGCGACUUCGUGUGCCACUCGGCCGAGUUCAACUACCAGCUGAGCGAGUGCCGCCUCAGUCCGCAGUCGCGCUUCACGGGCACCUCUGGCGAGGCGAAGCUGGAGGGCUCAAAGUUUGUCGUCGACUACUUCGAGAACAACUGCGUCCGAGAGGUGCGAGGUUUCUGCAGCACGAAGAAAUACCGGGACCAGGAGCUGGUGCUCGCGGACCUGGUCAUCGGCACCAUGUCGCAGGAGGACUGCCUGCAGCGGUGCCUCAACAGCGUCGACUUCGUCUGCCGCUCGUUCAGCUUCGAGCGCGACACGCAGACCUGCUUCCUCAGCCACCACACGCGCAAGUCGGCGCCCAAGGGUGCCACGCUGCGAUUGCCCGGCACCGACCUCGUCGAGCUCGGGGCUUGCUUCGACGUGUCCGUGGAGUGCGAGCCGCACGUGAUGCGAGCCCGUGUGCGCAGCAACAUGGUGUUCAAAGGCAAGGUCUACACCCGGGGCCGACCCUCCACCUGCUCGCAGGACAUCAGCAGCAGCAUGGACUUCACGCUGCCGAUCCAGCUGGCUGGGUCCGACUGCGGCACCGUCAGCAAGGCCGAGGGUCACUUCGCCAACGUGUUGGUCAUUCAGAGCAACGACCAGGUCGUCACUGCAAUGGACAAAGCCAUCGGUGUCUCCUGCACCUUCGACGUCGGCAACAAGACGGAAUUCGCGUCCGCCAAGGUCUCGGACCCGAGGCAGACAGACCAUAGCCGGGGAAAGCCGCCCCUGCCGGAGCUGUCGCUGCACAUCCUUGACAUGCGGGGCAACGAGCGCGAAUCGGUGUCGCUCGGCGAACUGGUACGCGUGCAAGUGCGCAUGUCCGAAGAAGACACGUACGGCAUCUUCAUCAAGAACCUGAUCGCCCGCGAUGGAACAGGAUCAACGAACCUGACGCUGAUUGACAAAACAGGGUGCCCGGUGGAGGCGAAGAUGAUGCGCGAGAUUCGCACCAUCGACUCGCACAGCAAAUCUCUGGAGAGCUACCUGGAGGCUUUCGCCUUCACCGGCAGCAGCACGCUGGAACUCGAGGCCGAAGUGGUCACGUGUCUCGAGCGCUGCAAACCGGUGCUGUGUCAGAUCCCCACGGGCCGGCGCGAAGACGACAUCGAAACGGUGACGUCCUUCGGACGCCGCCGCCGGAGGAGCACCGCUGACGGGGUGCCGCUGCCCGAGGAUGAGCUGCGCCGCAGCACGCUCACCAAGAAGCUGUCCGUGGUGGCCGCAGAAUUCGGUGUGGGCCAGCAGACGCAGGACAUCAGCUACGCGUUUCCGGUCACGGCACCGACGACUUCCGGUCGGCCUGCCAGCAUGGAGGACCUGAUCGCCGAGCAGCUGGGCGUGAUGUGCUUCGAGCCGACCGCGUCGGCUGUCAUCGGCGGCCUGGCGCUCUUUCUGGAGGUGUUCGGCUUCGGCACCUGCCUCGUGUUCGCCCUGCGCAGGCGCAAGGGUCACGCCACGGACGAGCCCAUCUGCUACGACAACAGCGUCGAGGGCUCCACGGAUUUUGCAUGCUCGGCGCCCUAUUGAGGCACCCGUUCGCGGCCACGCGCUCGCGCCCUUUUGGCGCUUCUGUCGCCGGAAUGCCACUGGCGUUUGCCGUAUUCAUCAAGGGCUUUUGCCGUGAUGCUCACUGAGUCAGGGAACGGGUUCACAGAGCUUUUAGUUUGCGACAACUUCUGUAUAUAUGGCAAGUCUUUCCCGCUAUACGACAAGAAUUUCUGUCGCUGGGCCGCUGUCGCGAUGGAAAACGUUUGCGCCGAGUCAUACCAUCAAAAUGCCCUAGCUAUAUUUCCUGUUUUUCAUCUAGCGAAUGACAAGUUUGAUGCCACUUUCGCUGUCACCACGUUUCCUUUGAAGAUUGGCCGCUGUCAAUUCUUAAGCAUCAUUCGUUCUUGCUUAUGAACGACAUUGUGAACCCGAUCACAGAUUGCUGUGAGGCGCUGCUUGUGCAACUUUCAUGUUUUGACUGCUCCUUCCGGUCAUCUGUGCCCUCGUUCUGAACCGGUGAAUUUUUCGCAAUACGAAGGCGCUUAAGGCGGGAGGAGUUGGCAACUCAUUGCACUUGAGCGAGCAUAGCAUGUUCCUAUAGCUCGGUGCGGAUCACCGGUGUUUUCGUAACUUCACUAUCUCAUCAAUGGGAGAGACCAAAUGUUUUAUCUACUUGCAUUGCUACAGGCACGAGUGAGCCUAUACGGGGUCAGACAAUUAUUAUUGCACGUCAUAGCCUUCGACAUGAAAUAUCCAGCCAGGGCAGCCGUAAGCGCUAACUGUUGAUUAAGUUAUCUCGUGGAAUAUCAGUAUUGACACUUUCUUGGAAACUUCUACGUGGCGCUUUCUUUUAACGCACCUUGAUAUAAAGGGCGUUAUUCAGGCCAGCCUCUCAAUUUUUCUCUCAUAAUAAAUUGAUCGCUUUGGUAAUGGGAACUAGCUCAAACUAGGAACGCCCGGCAUAAGAAAACAUUUUUUUUAAUCUCGUAAUGCAGCCCUUUUAUUAUCUAGAGUUACCGAGGUAGGGUUUUACAUGCUUGUAGUCAAGUGUAAUUUAAUUGCAUUUCUCAGUUCAUGCAGCGAGAGCAACGGCUUUGGAAUCACCUUUGCCUUACCACGUCCUUGGAUGACUGCCAGAAAAACCUGGUAGCAGCAUAGACUCAGUGAUAUCCUUUCUUAGUUAUGUAAAAGUAAAGCAACCACAAUACUACCACUAUUCUGGGAUUCUGACCUCGUCUGGUCUAGCUCGUGUGUAGAUUGCAGGCAAUUACGGCAGCCCGGCCUGGCAUUCCGGCACAGCUGUACGCACACCCGUCACCGCGAUGGCAAACUGGAGGAAGGCGGGCCUCCGUCCAUUUGUUCCAAAUGUGCAACAGAUGUCGCUUCCGGAGAACGAAUGUCCAACCUGUCACCAAAUGUGUAACCUGUCACCAAGUUAGUCACAGUGCCAUGAUUCGGAAAAAAAAAAAGCUGUGGUACGGUAACGGAGGGACGAUCCGUGAAUCUGUCAAAAGUGCAGUCGGGUGUAAGCGGAGUACAGAAACAGUGGUUCUUUUGAAUCAUGCAGGGGACCUAGCAUCGCGGGCGGGAGACAGAUAGACCUGACUCGUGCAUGCCUGGCCAUGAUCCGCGGUGAUCUCAGUAAUGACACAUUGAAUGCCGUUUAAGCAGGAUUCACACCAAAGGCCGAAUCGUUGAUUGUGCUUGCGAAAUAACGGGUGGAGUCUCACUGACAGCGAAACAUGCCGCGCAAUACAGCGGCGCAGACUAGCUGCUUGCAAUGCGAUUCGGUGCAGCUUGGGCGACGUCAUGCUUGUGCGCGAAAGGAACAGGCCAUAUUAUGCGCUCUGCCAGUACAGCUUUACCAGCAUACAUAUGUCGCAAUAAGUGCCGUCGGUGGAUUCAUCGGCGUUUUUGUGAACGAGCCAUUCGCGUCGUCAUUAGGCGCAUGUACCGGCGCGAGCAACAUUAGAUGAUUCCGAGGCUGUUACUCCCUUGAGCAGGGAACGCUAUUUGUGCAAUUGUAUGAUUCGGCCCGCUUUUAGUGAGCGUGGCUUACACGAAGAUACUUGAACAACCGUGCCAUUCCAGUGGGCUCGCCACUUUGUCAAAAGAGCGUCGCCAGCACCGACGUAGUGUCUUGCAUCGAUCCUUGGGAUCCACUGCGGCCGUGCUUAUAACACCGAUUAUACACUCACAGAAUUGUCUCGGAAAGCAGAGGAAGAGAAAGACAUAUAGUGGGAGAGAGUCAACCUGACGUGCGUUCGAUUUGUUACCCCACACAGGUCGAAGGGGGAUUAAUGGUAGAAAAAGGAGCGAUAGCUAUAGAAGCAUGACUACCAGCGUGCACGCGUGGAAGCGCCCGUCGGGCCUAGACUCUAGGGAGCUUAUACAUGCAAGUCUUGUUUGCCUGUAGGCUCAUGUACUAGAAUCAGUCACAACCGUAUGCCACCGUGAGAUCGUGAUUAGGCACGCAACGCGUGCGAAAUUCUAUAACGGGCCUUGCUAUAGGUUGCACUGUGGCGGAAUCAACCUAGUGGUUGCACCUUUCACUCGCUCGUGAAAGGACUUCCACCUAUUCUGUGGCUUCUCGGCUAGGUGGAUGAAAUGCUAAGGUUCGCAAUGCUCACUGUGCCCACAGUUAUGUUAUCUCAAAUCCGACCAUUCGUGUUUACAUUGCGUGUUUCGAUUUGUACAGGCUUUCAGAAGCUUGAAUGCGGUUUAUAAAUGGCGUGCUGCACAAUGUUGUUGUGCUGAGAGAAUGGCCAACUUAUGCAAUGGGACACAGCUUCAGUUUACUUUUACGGCUACCAAGGCGAUAAAUGAUGGCGACCUUGCAGUACUUGAUCAAAUUAAGUCUCAAACCGAUGGCCUACGGUAGGCCGCGCAAGCUUACUUCUGAGCGCUUCGCUCACACGCUCAAAACAAGCCUGCCUGCUUCGUCGUACCACAGUAACUUCAUCAGCAAAGGUUGGCGCUUCACUGGCACAGAUCAUCAUCAGGUAGACUUUUCAUGACAACGCAUAUUAGCGCAGACGUCUUCAAAGCAUGUGUAUUGUGGGAAAGUCAUCAAACGCUGUAUGGCCUUUGAUUAUCGAACGCGCGUUCCCACAAGCUUGCGCAGUGGGUACGCGUUAAAAGUGUGAACAAAGGUAACCAACGACAUUUCGUCAUUGGCAUGGGGUCACUUUGUUAGUAUUGUCAUUCGAGUUUCAAGAGAACCCUCGUAUACAGUGUCACCGCAAAGAUCAUCACCACAUUGUUUCAUUCAUUAGGAGUUCAAAAUUGAUUUUUUUUUGUACCAGUAGGUCUAUAGAAACUGACAGUCUGUUCAGUGAUCCCGCGUUUUAGGUACACUGAGAAAAAUUUCGACGUCAGCGAUGACGAACAUUAGUUGCACCAUCUUGCCAGUAACACACAGAACGUUGUUCAAGACGCUUGCUUGAACCCGCCGUAGGAUCAAUGUCGUCUUGCACAGGAGACAACCGUUUUAGCUUUGACGCAACCGGCACUGUUAUAAAAAAAUACAUAUUGACUGUCAGUUUUGACCUUCAGUGCCCAUCAGACGGUUUACUGGCAAGAAAAAAAACCUACUUCCAGAAAACAAGCAGAAGGUAGCUUUAAUAGAGGCACUGUUGGUGACAGCGGUUGCCAAUACUUUGCAAUUUCUUUGCCUGUCUGUCAGUUUCACUGUGUUUGCAGUAUUUCAUGCGUUUCACGUCAUUGUAUCAUGUCUUCUUUGUUGUGAUUGUCCAAAUCACUUUAACUUACUCUAGCAGUCUUGUCAGGUUGAUUCUUGUGCGCAGGUUUGUGCUUUACGGCUUUCUAAACCAGUUCCAGCCAACACCACAAGACCGUCUCGACAGCUCUGACGCCAGCGACGUUAGUUGCCACUUGUACUCGAAAAAGCUCAGGCUGGGCAGAAAAAAAAAACGAAGAAGUAAAAACGUGGGACGCCCAUUGUAAGAGGAGGUUAGACAGAGCGUGCUGACCCGAAUACAAGGUAACGUUCCUUGGCGCGGCUGAGGGACCUUGACGUGUGAAAUGCCCGCCAAGCCUCCGGGGUUUGCGACUUGCACUUUUAACGUAUGCCCGCGCUGCUCCAGCGUUGAAGACACACCGCGACGUGACAUGAAGCCACGGAGCAGGAAGGCACGUGGGCUUUCGACCGAAUUGGCUCCGUCUGUUUUCGCGACGCUCCUUUAGUCGAUGUCCCACCGCCAGAGCCUCCGGGUGUUUUCAGCGCCCUGUCUGCGCCCGAGGAAGGUGUAUUUGAAUGUGGGGAAGGCCGCAUGGCAGGAAUACAAAGAAUACUCGCAAACGACUCCGUCCAGACGCACUGUAUACUCCAAAACUCGUCGUCGCGCCAGCGAAAGAGCAAUAUGUACCGUUCCUUUCUCUCUCUAUAGAGCCAUCAAGAACAACAAAACUGUAGCACUUGGGCUGGCGGUAUACUGGUAGUAUUGAGAAACCGCCUGGGCGAAAAGCUCUCAAAGGGGUCGGCAGAUGUGUUUUUUCCUUGUUUCUUUUUUUUUCUCCCGGCAAGGGUGUGGAUGACGGUGAAUGUUUCCUAAAUAAACACUUCAGACUGUGGCAA